GUAUGUACCCCGACGAUACCGUCACUAGCUUACCACGAUAUAAUACGCUGCGAGUUCGAAUAAAAUUUAAUAUACUCGAAGUUUCGAACCCAUGAUUAUAAUCUAUUUUCCCGCUUACCGUUGGCCUUUGUCUCUUUCUUUCGGCUGGCUGGUCACCGGUUGCACGUAUAAUAAUAUAAUACCAACACCUUUCGCUGUAAACAGAAUCAUACCUGCUUAGUGCUUACGUACAAUCUGUAGCAUGGCAUGCAGUAAAAUGCAGUUGAUGCUAAUUUUUAUUUAAACGCGCAAUUUAAGCUGAAACGGUGAAGCAGCUCAUGUUACGUGUAUAUUAACGUAAAUAUUUGGAGAUAUCAAAGGAAGCUCAGUUCUGAGUAUGGGAAAGAUAACAGCAAUUAUUGUGAAUAUGUUUAUUUUCGCGCUGUUUUGGGUGUUACUGAUCAGAAUGUCUGCGUACGGCUCGGAUUAUUAUGACACCGAUGAUUACGAAGACUAUGGCGAUCCUCCAGCAGAUUGGCAGGAUCGAAUCGAUAACAAAACUCUAGUCGAGCGUCUCUCGGAGCGAACUAUUGGCCCUUCCAUGCAAAACGAUAUUAUUUACAACCAUGAGCAGCUUCUGCAGCUGUACGAAGAACCUCCUAUCAGGCCGGCGUACGGAGCCAUGGAGGACAAGUGCUCAGGCUUGCCCUCUAAACGACGUCUCAAAUUCGAAGCAAGCCUGUGGAACAAACAGUCGGGCUUCACCAGCAUACCAUACGUCAUUGACAAGGCAUUUUACGAGCAAGAUGUAUUUCUAAUCAAGGAAGCUAUGGACGAAAUUGAGACAAAAACGGAAAAAUGCAUAAUGUUCAAGGGGUGGACAAACGAGACAAAUGCCAUAAUGUUCAAACCCGGAAAAAACUGCUCUUCCUCGGUGGGCAUGCAGACCACCAUGCAGACGAUCUACCUUGACCAAUCACGAUGCAUGGAAUUCGGCAUCAUUAUACACGAAAUACUCCACGCCCUGGGAUUCUUUCACGAACACUGCCGGCCGGACCGUGAUCAGCACGUGACAAUCUGCAUGGGCAAUGUCGCUAAUGCGGCCGAUCACAGGAAUUUCCACAUCAUCCAUAAUAUGUCAACGUAUGGCGUUCCUUACGAUCUGGAAUCAAUAAUGCAUUACGGAACGUUUGAUUUCACCAGAGAUGCGUCUCUGCAACUGCCGGUCAUUGUUCCCAAGCAGACCGGGAUCCGCUACGCCAUGGGUCAGCGAAAACGACUUAGUGCUCUGGAUGUGGCCAAAUUAUUAGCAGCAUAUCAGUGCUUAAGAUCGGCUCGGGAAGAGGAUGGAAAUGCCGAUGAUCAUGCCACUGGAUUAGAACCGUUGCCUGAAUUUUCUUUGGAACCGAUGGAAAUCGGCCAGUGUCGUACGCAGUUCAACUCAGACUGCAGUGAGUCCGGGAUAACAGUACAUAAUUGUUCAGUUUGGGAAAGUCUGACUAUUUCUUGUCACACUGAUGUGAGCGUCGCCCGGUUGCGAGAAAUGGUGGAUAUCAUGGCGCUGCCACCGCUUCGUGGCAUAAUUAUUAAUCUGGCUGAUAGUGUGAUUGCCGCUAGCACUUUUAGGCCAAUCAGGAAGCAGGUGAUUACAUUCACGAUCUGGUACUGCCAGGCUCCGCGUACGACGGCCAAACUGAAGGAACUGAAAUUUAUUCGCUUGGUGAGCUUUGCGCUAAAGAGAUGUCGAAACCUUGUAGUCAGGAAAAUUGAUUUCAGUCAAACCCGACAGCUACGCAGGAUUACAUUGUAUAAUUCGACCAUUAACGGAUUGGAAAAGGGCACCUUUAUGGAUUUGAUAAGUCUGAAAGUCUUAGCGCUAGACGGCUACGCCCGCGGCUUGACAUCUUUUGACGACGAACUGCAGCACAGCAUGCAGCGUAUUCACUGUUCAUGCACAUUUUCCUGGCUGAGAUCGUGGUGGAGCAUGAGAACACAUUCCAAGCAGAAUAUUAAUCAAGGAGCAUUAUAUUCCGUUCCCUGGCCUAACCAUGCGAUCAAACGGGAGGACAUUUAUUUACCUAUCAACUGCUCCGCAGAACCGUUUCCCGUUAAUCCUCAGUCGAUCAAUUUUACACAGAUGGAAUUCUCCAUCAAUGAACCAGACUGUUAUAACGAGACCGCUAUCAAUGAACCGAUGGCGACCUUAGUUGAAGAUCCGGAAUUCUCGAUGGACCCCAUGCUGACCGAACAAUGUGCACUGCAGUUUAACGACGCUUGUGAACCCCGUUACGUCACCGUGGAGAACUGCACAGUAUACCGGCUCCUGGAAAUCAACUGCAAUCGAUCCGUAACGGCGGAUUUAUUACAGAGUAUGGCUUUUGCCAUGGCACAAACCCCGCGGCGCGGUGUGUACAUCGACGUAUACGACGGUGACUACCUGGAUUACCACAUUUUCCGCCCAGUUCACAUUCAAGUCAUUUUAUUUAAAGUAUGGGAUUGCGUGGCCAGUCGGACGAGUGCCAAGCUCAACGAACUCCGACUAGUCAAUGUGCUGGAUGUCCAGUUUUACCGCUGUAAUGGUAUGGUGCUCAGAAAAGAGGACUUCAAGGCUUCCCAAGCAGUAAAGCUCCUGGCCUUUUGCAAUACCACAAUCCGACAUGUUGAAGAAGGAGCAUUUAGCAGCCUGCAGCGUUUACGCAUACUAUCGCUGGAAGUGGGACUGGCCAGUAUCCAUACACUACCGCGCCGGUUCAGAGACUACGUAGCCAAAUUGCACUGUGACUGUGAGUUCGCUUCGUUCCGCGUAUGGAGAAAAACCGCGCCCUUGCUAACGGAUGCUCGCUUUGGUGAGAUUUAUUCCGUGUUUAACACGCUGGCAAACAGUCCCUUUGAGAAAAAGGAUAUCUUCCUCCCUUUUGACUGCAGCUUGCAAUCAUUCCCGACUACUCCGGCUUCUCUAAAUUUUAGCCAGGAAGAGUUCUCCAUUAACGAGCCCCACUGCGGUACGAAAGUUAACACCGAACCAGUAGUGGAGUUUUCCAGUGAACCCAUGACAUCAGAACAAUGCGGAUUGCAGUUUACUGCUAACUGCGCUGCACUGGGAGUAACCGCGGAUAACUGCACGGCAUGGCGUUCGCUAACCAUUCAGUGCUCCCACUAUACGUCCUCCGAUGAAGUGAGCGCGAUGACGAAAACCAUGGCGAACCCACCGCUGCGACCUAUCAAACUGCAUCUGUACGAUCAGUUGAUUUCAGCUUUGCCCAAUACUUCCCUAAACGACAUUCGACUGCAGAUUGUGAUAGUUAACAUAGAGAACUGCGCCAGUCAGCGUACCAGUGCCAAGUUAGCUGAACUGCAGCUGUAUUCCGUACUGGUAUUCAGGUUGCAAAACUGUACCGAUAUUGUCGUCGAAAAAGCCGAUUUUUCGUCGCUACGAGAGUUACUGAUUAUCGACUUUUCUUCUACCACUAUCGCUACACUGGAGGCCGGAACGUUUUCUGAUUUACCGCAGUUGCGUGUAUUGACGCUCGAGCGAGAAUUAGGUGAAGCGCGUGCAGCCGGUAAUAUUUCACCAGAUCCGACAGAAUAUGCUUUUGAAACCGCUGGAUCCAGGGAUAAGUUCGUCACUUCCAAGGAAACCGAUGGGUGCACGCAGGGGAUAUGGAUUACCCGCAAUCCCUACAUCAUACAGGAUAAUAAUGGUCGAAAAUUUGCCGUCUUUCUGUUGGAUACACAGGGUCUAUUCGAUUUCGAGAACAGUACGGCGCUGGAUUCGGCGUUGUUCCUGCUGACGAGUAUGUUUAGUUCGUUUACGGUGAGUAUAACGGCUACACGGACACAUAAUAUGACGGAACUAGAUAGUGUGUACAAAUAG